AUGAAUAAUAACAAACUAAUGCUAUUACAAUCAAAUUGUUCCGAUAAAUCAUCAUUGGGGUGGUGGUUGUUUUAUGCAGAGAGGUACGAGUCCGAGAGCGGGGUUUUCGUUGGAAAAUUCGAGGCAACCGUGUGGGUUGCCUCGGCAGGCUUGAUUGUCGGCGACGGCGAUGAUGAAUGGAAGAAAGGAGGAGACAAAUGGGUUGGAAGAUGAAGGAGAGUAUGAGGUUGAGGAUUUGAGAGAUGGGAUUAAAUCUUCGAGAGGAAGUCGAUUCGAUUUGAUAGCGAACGAGUUGGGACUCGAUUCGAAUCGAAGGAGAUACAGCCGAGAAAGCGUCCUUAAUGGUCUCCGAGACCUCUCGCAAGGUCUCGCCAUUCAUCCUGAUAACAGGU